ACCACGGGAGGUUUUGCUUCCUGAACAUAACGACUUUCACUUUUCUUCCCUCGGGCAGUUGUAAACAGAGUUAAUACUGCAGUUUAACUCUGAUUACGUGGAAUUUGUGGACGUCCCCUUUGUAGCAUUUCUCCUUCCUUCUUCUCGUCAUUUAGAAUCUCGGAUUCUUGGUUCUCUUCAUGUCCUCUCUUCUUUGGAAUUGUUUUUUUCUGUUACACGAAGGCUUGGACUCUUUAAUUCCCUUUGGAUUUGCUGACUUUUGCCAAUCUUGGUGGUUCUUGCUGCCCUUCAUUAUGCUUUUGGUGGUAAUAGCUUUCAUUGUAGCAUUUGUAUUGCUGCUUUACAUGGUGUCUCCUCUUAUCAGCCCCAAACCUCUCAAGCUUGCAGGUGCACAUGUCAUGGUAACUGGAGGCUCUAGUGGUAUUGGGAAGUGCCUUGCUAUCGAGUGUUACAGACAAGGUGCAUUCAUAACACUGGUUGCUCGAAAUGAGGACAAACUUCUGCAAGCAAAGAAGGAAAUAGAAAAGCAUGGUAUUAAUGAUAAACAGGUAGUGCUGUGUAUAUCUGUUGAUGUGUCCAAAGAUUAUACACGAGUGGAAAAUGUCAUCAAACAGGCUCAAGAAAAGCUUGGUCCUGUUGACAUGCUUAUAAACUGUGCUGGGACAUCAUUAGCAGCAAGGUUUGAAGAGAUCGAAGUAGAGAAUUUCAGAAGACUAAUGGAGAUCAAUUACUUGGGCAGUGUGUAUGCCACCAGGGCAGUCAUCGCAACCAUGAAGGAGAGGAGGAUGGGGCGCAUUAUAUUUGUGUCAUCUCAGGCAGGUCAGCUGGGGCUGUUUGGCUAUACUGCUUAUUCUCCUUCCAAGUUUGCUCUUCGAGGCUUGGCUGAAUCCCUGCAAAUGGAGGUUAAGCCGUAUAAUAUCUACAUAACAGUGGCUUAUCCUCCUGACACUGAUACACCAGGAUUUGCUGAAGAGAAUAAAACAAAGCCUCUGGAAACCAAACUAAUUUCUGAAACCUCUGCUCUUACAAAGCCAGAAGUAGUAGCCAAAUGUAUAGUAAAAGAUGCUGUGCAAGGGAAUUUUAACAGUUCUGUUGGAUCAGAUGGCUACAUGCUUUCCUGUCUUACUUGUGGUAUGUCCCCUGUCACCUCUAUAACAGAGGGGCUUCAGCAGAUAAUUACCAUGGGGCUUUUCCGUACAAUAGCACUUUUUUAUCUUGGAAGUUUUGACAGCAUUGUCCGCCGUUGCAUGAUGCAAAGAGAAAAAUGUGCAAGUGCGGGUAAAAGUGAAUAAUCCCUUCUGUAGACUGACAUAAAAUUGCACUAUGUAAUCCUGUGUGUUGGUAAAUUUCACUCUGUCCUUUGACCCAGAGAACUUUGUAUAAUGGUACAUUUUAUGGAGUAAUCCACCCUUCAGAAACAUAGCAAAGUGUUGAUUCCUGAAAAACAUCAAAUACACUGGCAUGAAGAGCUUAAGGAAAAGGGAGCAGAUUCGGUGGACAAAGUGAAAUGGCGACUAGAAAUAAUGAAUAAUGCAACAAGUCAGAAGUGCUUCCAGAGAAAACUUCAUAUUUUAUCUUACCAUUCUGGACAUCUACUGUAUUUAUUAUUUUUUGUGGUAAAGGCUAUGUAAUAUUAAUGGGUAAUAUCUGUGCUGUUGUAGCAGUUUAAUAAAGCUGCUUCAUAAACUAUUUUAUGCCUUACAUGCUGAAUCUGCCUCGUAUAUGGCACAUAUGUAUAUUUUUUCUAACCUGUCUUUGCUAAUUACUGUAAGACUAAUAUCUGAUGCAAGUAAUCUGUAAUUAUAUGACUUGUCAUAGCUGUGUCACUACUACACAUUGCCAAAAGCACAUACUAAGACUGAAUACAAGUAAAAUAUUUAAGUAAUGUUUAACUAGUAACACCCAAGAAACUUAAACUGUAUUUUAAGUGCCAUGUGGUAUCCCUUACUAUACAAUAAAGGCAACAAAAGCAGAUGUUUAUAUCA